AGGCAGCGCUUCAAUGUAAACCACCUCACUGAUGGAGAGAGGCGGCCGGACGUCGGGAGAAGACUCUCGCUCACUCAGUCGUCGCUGCAGUUUCCCAAAAUGUGCACUUUCCUUCAGCGCGGACGAAAACUUCGGGAGACCUUUCCCUCUGAUGGGGAGCAGCCGCAUUAACCAGUGGACACACUUCCAUCAACUGCCUUUCUUUGCUGCCGGCCAGGUCACCGGGGAUGUGCACCCGCCGUGGGCUUAUCCACCGACACCCGGCAUGAGGAGGGAUAUUUAACUGACCUUUUAGUCCUAAUGGUGCACUUCUUCCCUGUUCUGAUAGACGGACGGGAUCACGUGGACGGAUGACCUGAAAGCUGCACAUUAUCUUUCUCCGAGAAAGCGUGGAGGAAGUUAAAAGAAGAGAGGGUAAGGACUGCAAGAAUUCCAUUUCAGCACAGAAAUUCAACUCUAUUUCUGGUUGGCUCUGCCACCAGCAGUGAUAUCAUUACUCCAACUCCACACUGUCAGAUUGCUUCAACUUGUGUUUUCACGAUCAGGCGGCAUCCAAAGUGACGAAGAGACACUACUGUUUUUUGCAUGGCAGCAGGAGCGUUAACCGGCCCCGGACCGCCAUGCCGUUUGCAGCCGUUUGUGGGAUCAACAACGAGGCAGCAGCAGCUCUCGGGCGGGGGGGGUUAACUUGUCACACACGCUACUUCAUCAAAUGACUCCGUCCUGACUCACAUAGGGGUCAGGGGUCAGGGGCUGCGGGCCACGGCAUGGGCAACUCCUCCAGGAAGGGAGAGGGAGAAGAGGAAGAGGACGGGGCGAAGGAUGGUGAAGAGGCUGAUAUUGCAGAGAAGAAGAAGAAGAAGAAGGACGAGGUGGUGGAGGUCGAAGCAGAGCUCCCGCUGGGGGUGGAGGAGAUGUUCGACAGCGGGGAUCCCGUGCUGGACUUGAGCUACCGCAAAUUUAAGCGUUUGCCGUCGCGAGUCAGCGCGCUGUUGCAUCUGGAGAAGCUGUACGUUUGUGGGAACCGGCUGCGCACGCUGCCGGACAGCGUCUCCCGGCUGCAAGGUCUGCGUAUCCUGGCCCUGGACUUCAACAAGAUGGAGGACGUUCCGGCGGCCGUCUGCCAGCUCACUAAGCUCACACGCCUCUACCUGGGCAGCAACCGGCUCAUGACCCUCCCACCCGAGCUGAGGAACCUGCAAAGUCUGCGCUGUUUGUGGGUGGAGAGCAACUACAUCCAGAGUUUUCCACGGGAGCUCUACGACCUUCCCUGCCUCAAGUCCCUUCAGAUUGGAGACAACCGGCUGAAGACGCUGCCCUCUGACCUCUGUCGUAUGGAAGCUCUGAGGGGAUUAUGGCUCUACGGGAACCGCUUUGACACCUUCCCCAAAGUGUUGCUGCGCAUGGAGGGUUUGGAGAUUUUAGAUCUGGACCGCAACAAGAUAUCAGAGUUUCCCAGCCUGAAGCGUCUCCGCUCCCUCCGGCUCUUCUCCUACGACCACAACCCAGUGGAUUGCCCUCCUCGAGUGGGCGACGAGGUGCUGGUGGUUGGGGAAGGCGCUGCAGAGUUCCUGGAGCAGCGCGAGGCCAAGAAUGAGAGACUGCGCAAGGCCGCGGAGGAAGAGGCCGAAGAGUCGGCUCUGGCGGGCGAGGAGCUGGUGAUUCACGGCAUCCUGAAAAACAGCAGCUCCAACUCAAAACAAUCUGGGGGGACCGGAGAGGACGCCGACCCUAAAGAGGAAGAGUGGCCAGCAGAUGAGAGGGAGGAGGAUAUGGACGGAGCUGAGCUGGAGUAUGACGAGGAGGGGGUUGAAUAUGAGACCGAGGAGCUGAUAUGCGAGGGAGAAGGGUUUGAGUACGAGGGGGACGACCUGCAGUACGAGAGGGCUCAGCUGGACUAUGAGUACGAGAGGCUGGAGGACGCCGGGAGACAAGAUGAAGGGGCAUGAGACGCCCCUCACACAUCCAGACUCGGACGAUCUGCAGGCGGGCGGAGAUGGAUGACGGAGAAGAAGCUGACACACAACUGGCACCUGUGACAUCUCAAUCAACUGCAAAUGACCAAAUCAGAGCAGGACUCAGGUGGUUUGUGUGUGUGUGUGUGUGUGUGUGUGUGUGUGUGUGUGUGCGAGGGUUUUAACAUAAGGGUUAUUUUUGUGUACACCAUCUUUCCUUAUUAAAUGUUAACUCGGCUGGUGAAGUUGGUGUAUUUAUAAUAUGUCGUCACGGGGACCCAGUGAACGCACCAGCUACUGUUUACGCUGUCGUAUUUCCACAAAUCAUGGUCAGUGUCAGUUGUGUGUGCGAGCGCGCCGCGUAUUUUUAUAAAGCCAGACAGCGUGUGCGCAUGUAAAUGUGUGUACUGGAUUUGGAUACAACGUAUUUAAGACGUGCUAAACACAACUCUCCAACCCGUGUCAGUGUUGUGUAAGCAGUCCCGAGAAGUAGGAGUGAGACUAGCGGGAUUAUUAGAGGGGUGAAUAGCUGGUGUGCCUCACCAUAAAAGGUGAGUCUGCAGAGCGGCUCCAGACACGAAAUAAGACUCACGAAAGCAUCAAGCAGGAGUUCAGCAGGUCAGACGUGGGUCAGUCGUGACCUUUGUAUACUCCUUUUUGUCAGCGGCUGCACCCUUUCUAACCGUGGCUCUAACACCAAGCAGGUCCGGCCCUUGUUCUCCUCUCAUUUCUUCACUCAUUAUUCAUGUGGGGCUCGUAUGUAAUCCAAUCCUCUUUGCCUCCGCGGAUCUCCUCCUCACAUCUCAUUGGAGGAUUGAAAUAUUUAUCUGAGCGCUGAAAUAUUCAUAUUGGUGGUCACGUGGCAGUGUGUCUCCACCAUGUCGAGGGAAGAAGAGUAAAACCUUUUAAAUACACGUAGAGCUAUUUGUGAGUCUGGGGCAGUAGUUGAUGAUUUCAUAUUGACCUCAUUCAUUUUUGGACUAUUUUUUAAUAGGGAUUGAUUUCUGAUUCUGAAAUUGAGAAAAUUGCAAGUUGACAUUUUCAAAUUGAGUGUUUUGCUUAGUCAACAGUCUCAAACCCAAAAUAUAUUCACUUUAUAUUGUCACAUUUGAGAAGAUGAAUCGAACAUUGUUUGGUCAGGUUAAUUCAUUUGUCUUUAAAAUGACAUAAAACAAGAUAAAAAGGCUCGUCACAGAUUCACAGAGCUUCUGUCAAAUAUCCUAACAAACAACCAACGACACUAAACUACUGUGAUCAGUGCUUUUGAUCAAAAGCAAUAAAGCAGUAUCUCACUCUGGACAAUCUUUGACACUUCAGCUUGAAAAAGACAAACUGGGGGGCAUUUGUGUAAUUGUUUUCACGUUAUAAGACACAUAACGUGACGUCGGCUUUAACACCGCACACGUCACGCAGCGGCCUGACAUGGCAGCUUUUCCGCACGCACACAACGGACUAAACAAAGAGAUGGAAGUGA